CUAAUGAAAGAAUAGCGGAUUUGAGAAAUGCGAGCUGCUUGUAAAAGAAAAAAUUAGCAUCUUCCCCUUUUGGCAUAUUCUUUUACCAAACCAGAGGAAAUAUACUGUAUUAUUACUCAUUUCACUACCUAUGGUGUUGCAGAGCAGAGGCAGCUCAGCCAUGGCGCCUGUACUUAUAACAAUCAUGUAUAUGUACGUCAUGUCGGUGAUGAUUGCUGCUAGAAUGGUUCUACCAGUUCAUCCUUAUUCAAGAAGUCUAGUAAAACCCAUCUCCAAUAUCUUUGAUACUUCCAACUAUGGCGUUUUUCAGCUCGAUAACGGCUUGGCUCAAACUCCACAGAUGGGGUGGAAUAGCUGGAAUUUUUUUGCCUGCAACAUCAAUGAAACAGUCAUCAAGGAAACAGCGGAUGCACUGAUCUCCACUGGUUUAGCUGGCCUAGGUUAUAACUACGUUAAUAUAGAUGAUUGCUGGUCCAGCUGGGCUCGAAACUUGAAGGGUCAGUUGGUUCCUGAUCCUAAAACUUUCCCAUCAGGAAUCAAAGCUCUUGCAGAUUAUGUGCAUGCGAAAGGGCUCAAGCUUGGUAUCUAUUCUGAUGCAGGAGUUUUUACUUGUCAAGUUCGACCUGGAUCACUAUACCAUGAAAAUGAUGAUGCAGCUCUCUUUGCAUCUUGGGAUGUGGAUUAUUUAAAGUAUGACAACUGCUUCAACUUGGGUAUCCAGCCAAAAGAAAGAUACCCGCCAAUGCGAGAUGCCCUAAAUGCAACUGGGCGAAAAAUAUUCUAUUCUCUUUGUGAAUGGGGCGUUGAUGAUCCUGCUCUGUGGGCUGGCAAAGUUGGAAAUAGCUGGCGUACAACAGAUGACAUCAAUGAUUCAUGGGCAAGCAUGACUAGUAUUGCUGAUCUAAAUGACAAGUGGGCUGCUUAUGCUGGUCCUGGUGGAUGGAAUGACCCUGAUAUGUUAGAGGUUGGGAAUGGGGGAAUGACUUGCCAGGAGUAUCGAGCACAUUUUAGCAUUUGGGCUUUGAUGAAGGCUCCUCUUUUGGUUGGUUGUGAUGUGAGAAAUAUGACCUCUGAAACAUUUGAAAUUCUGAGCAAUGAAGAGGUUAUUGCUGUAAAUCAAGACUCACUUGGGGUUCAGGGAAGGAAAGUUUACGUUUCUGGAACAGAUGGAUGUGAACAGGUUUGGGCUGGCCCUUUAUCUGAGCAACGUGUGGUUGUUGUUCUAUGGAAUCGAUGUUCAAAAGUUGCAACUAUUAUGGCUGGAUGGUUAGCAUUGGGACUCGAAUCUUCAACCCCUGUGUCUGUUAGAGAUUUGUGGAAGCAUGAAGUUGUUGCGGAUAACAAGGUGGCUUCAUUAAGUGCUCAAGUUGAAGCUCACGCAUGUGAAAUGUUCAUUUUAACUCCUCAGACUACUACUAACUCUCAGAUUCUGUAAAAGCUAGCAGAGUCAUUGCAUGGCUCAAUCAUAUUAGCUGGUUGAUGCCAGUAAUUUGAUGUACGACAUGAAGAGGAAUAUCUGUAUCUACUACCUGAUGCUCCACCGUAUUAGACACCCAUCCAUGUUGUCCUUGAGUGAAUAAAUUCAUUUCUCUGUACGAAGUUGAUGGACAAGUUGGUCAAUAUUACCUUCAUAAUCA